AUUUCUUUGGCGUGUUCUUGUCGGUUGUCGUCUCGUGUCGUGUGGUGAAGAAAUCCGCAGUUUUAUAAAACUAAGUAAUUUGAUAAAUUAAUUGGUUCCUUAAGCAUAAUCAAAAGUAAAAAUUAAAUAUUUUGGUUGAUCACAACAAUACGAUAAAUUUGUUGCAUAUACCUACCUAUGGUAAAAUAUCCAGCAAGAAUUUAAAAUGUCCAACAGCCAUCUAUUUUUGAAAUCAGCUUUUCCACGUGCUCCACUACAGAAUGGAUUAGGAAGAUUUGUUCCUCAAAUGCAAAGGAUCACAUUGAAAUUUUGCAAAAACAAUGGAUCAAGUAGGGGCAUGAGGGAUUUCAUUGAAAAUGACUUAAUUGAUUUUGCAAAAAAUAAUCCUGGAACUGUGGUAUAUGUAAAGCCUAGGCGACAUAGAACCCCAGUGAUGGUUGCCGAAUAUUUAAAUGGAGAAAGAGAAUGGGUUAAUUGUCGAAAUAAUUCCCGCGAUGAAAUAAAUAAAUGGGUGAAUUUAUUAAAAACCCAAAAUGGUCCAUCUAGUUCAAUUCGUUUGAGAAAAAUGUGGCACACAGAUAAUCCAUCAAUUCAAGGUCCUUGGACACCUUUUACUUUAAGACAUCCAGUUCAAAAUCUAAUGCAGUUUCCAAAUAAAGAUUUAGCUCGACCUUUAGAUGUUGAAAAAUCGGCUACGGAACGGGUUAUUGAAUUAAUGGAAAAGCAAAAAAUUAAUUAAAAUAAGAAUUCAAUACAAAAUUUAUAAUUUAGGCAUAAGAACUAUUAGAAAAUAUAUAGUAUAAAUAAUUUGAAUUCUUUGAAUUAAUUUCUGAAGUUAUUAUUUUAUUAUCUGGAUAAGUCUAAUUCAUUUAUAAAGUACUUAUGAUAUUAAAAAAUAUGAUUGUACAUAUUUUCCUAAUUGCAUAAUUUUAUAUAUUCUUCUGGUAGGUGCCUAAAUAAAUUUAAUCUUGUUUAGUUAA